AUGACGUCGGAGCGUUCUCGAAUCCCGUGUCUCUCGGCUGCUGCUGCCGAAGGAACAGGGAAAAAGCAACAAGAAGGAAGAGCAAUGGCGACACUGGAUCGCAAAGUGCCCAGUCCGGAGGCGUUUCUGGGCAAACCCUGGUCCUCCUGGAUCGACGCCGCCAAAUUACACUGCUCCGACAAUGUAGAUUUAGAAGAGGCUGGAAAAGAGGGUGGAAAAAGCAGGGAGGUUAUGAGGCUUAAUAAAGAAGAUAUGCACUUAUUUGGCCAUUAUCCAGCACAUGACGACUUCUAUCUCGUAGUGUGCAGUGCCUGUAAUCAGGUCGUCAAGCCACAGGUUUUCCAGUCGCACUGCGAGAGAAGACACGGUUCAAUGUGUAGACCUUCUUCCUCUCCAGCGUCUCCAGCCUCCAACCCCAGGACAUCACUAGCACAGGUGAAAACGAAAGCCUGUCUCAGCGGCCAUAACUCUGCCAGCAGCACCUCAAAGCCAUUCAAAACGCCCAAAGACAAUCUACUUACCUCCAGCAGCAGACAGCACACAGUCUUUUCUGCAAAAGGAUCAAGGGAUAAACCAUGCGUUCCGGUUCCUGUAGUCAGUUUAGAGAAAAUUCCUAACCUAGUGAAGGCAGAUGGUGCCAAUGUCAAAAUGAACUCUACAACCACUACUGCAGUCACCUCCUCCUCCACCUCCUCCUCUGCCGUCUCCACCCCUCCUUUAAUUAAGCCCAUCUUGAUGUCCAAGUCAGUGCCACCUUCACCAGAGAAAAUCCUAAAUGGCAAAGGAAUUCUGUCAGCCACAAUAGACAAGAAACACCAAAAUGGCACCAAAAACAGCAACAAGCCUUACCGGAGACUUUCAGAGAGAGAAUUUGACCCAAAUAAACACUGUGGAGUAUUGGAUCCCGAGACAAAGAAACCUUGCACAAGAUCCCUCACCUGCAAGACACACUCGCUAAGCCAUCGGAGGGCAGUCCCGGGCCGGAAAAAGCAAUUUGACCUCCUCCUGGCAGAACACAAAGCCAAGUCCCGGGAGAAAGAAGUUAAAGAGCACCUCCUGACUUCCACAAGGGAAAUACUUCCAAAUCCACCCGGGCCAGGGCAGGAGUCUCUGCUGGGAUCUUCAGGGAGCUCGGGGCCAGAACCAAAAGUUGCAUCCCCUGCAAAAUCCAGGCCACCUAACUCUGUACUUCCCAGACCAUCAUCUGCAAAUAGCAUAAGUAGCAGUGCGUCUUCAAAUCACAGCGGCUACGCGCCAGAGCCCCCUCUGCCCCCGGUUGGAGGUGACCUCACCAGCCGACUGUCCAGUGAUGAAGGGGAGAUGGACGGAGGCGACGAAUCUGAGAGGUUGGACUGUCAGUUCUCCGUGCACCAUCCCAGACCUCUUGCGUUUUGCUCAUUCGGGAGUCGCCUCAUGGGACGAGGGUACUAUGUGUUUGAUAGAAGAUGGGAUCGUUUUCGAUUCGCACUAAACUCCAUGGUAGAGAAACACUUGAAUUCACAGAUGUGGAAGCACAGAAGCCCGAGCCACAGGGCAUCAGGUCCCUCCCCCCUGUUCAGGACUUGCCUAACCAAUCUGCUGUCACUGAGCAACAUUGGGGCUGCCUGGGUGUCAACUCUGGAGAGCGUAGCACCACGCUGCCCUCUCAACCUCGCUGCCCAAACCCCAGGCCCCGACGGGCCCGAACCUGGAGGGAUGGCAGCCGAUGGGGGCAUGGAAGACAUUAGGAAGAAAAGGAACGGCCAAGACACUUUUUUCUUUAACAAGCAUUUAACUCUGCAUCAGGAGACGCCAACACAGUAUUCUCUUUCAGCCAGGAAGAUCCCUCCUGCGGCAGAUAGCCCCAUGCCCUCGCCAGCAGCCCACAUCACCACCCCUGUUCCAGCAUCCGUUUUGCAGCCUUUCAGCAACCCCGGUGCUGUGUAUCUUCCUUCAGCUCCCAUCAGCUCGAGACUCACCUCUUCUUACAUAAUGACAUCAGCCAUGCUCUCAGACGCAGCUUUUGUGGCAUCGCCGGACCCGCGCGUCCUCAUGUCCCACACCACAGCUUUCCCCCAUGUGGCCGCCACCCUCAGCAUCAUGGACUCAACCUUCAAGGCCCCAUCUGCCGUGUCCCCGAUACCAGCCGUCAUCCCUUCCCCAUCCCACAAGCCAUCCAAAACCAAAACCAGCAAAUCCUCAAAAGUCAAAGACCUGUCCGCCCGUAGCGACGAGUCUCCAAGUAACAAAAAGAGGAAGCCCCAGUCUUCGACUUCCUCCUCCUCCUCCUCCUCCUCCUCCUCUUCCUCUUCCUCCUCCUCUUCCUCCUUGUCCCUGCCGCCUUCCCUCUCGUCUCCAUUGUCAGGGCCCCACAAAAAGAACUGUGUCCUGAAUGCCAGUUCUGCUUUGAACUCCUAUCAGGCGGCCCCUCCCUAUACCAGUCUGUCUGUGCACAACUCAAACAAUGGGGUGAGCCCACUCAGUGCCAAGCUGGAGCCCUCAGGACGGACCUCGCUGCCCGGCGGCCCCGCGGACAUAGUGAGACAGGUGGGCACGGUGGGCGGCAGCAGUGACUCCUGUCCCCUCUCUGUGCCCUCCCUUGCGCUCCACACAGGGGACCUCUCUCUGGCCUCACACAAUGCCGUGUCUUCUCUGCCCCUCUCUUUUGACAAAUCAGAAGGAAAAAAGCGUAAGAACUCGAGCACUAGUAGCAAAGCCUGUAAAAUCACUAAAAUGCCUGGUAUGAAUAGCGUUCACAAAAAGAACCCACCCGGCCUUCUUGCACCGGUGCCCGAGCCCGUUAACAGCACCUCCUCUCGGCAGGUUGGGAAAAAUAGCAGCCUAGCUUUGUCACAAUCCAGUCCUUCAAGCAUAUCCAGCCCAGGACACAGCCGACCGAAGAACACAAACAGAAUGGGCAGGAUAAGGACUCUUCCAUAACAAGACUAUGAAGCCACUUCCAAAACAAUUCCUGGUUGUGAUCCCACCCCAGGAGGCCAUGGCAGGAGGAGGAGGGAGGGGAGUGGGCCCUUGGGGAGCGUGUCUUCCCUAUGCCCUGCCUGUGGCUCUGGCCUUUCUUCUUCUUCUUUUUUUUAAUGAUCAGUUUUUUCGUUGUUGUUGUUUUUGAAGAAACAGAAAAAGGCAAAAGAACGUGGAUUUGAAACUUUCAGAAAACAAUACCAGUGUUUUCUUUCCAUUUUUCAUUUGCCACAUUUUUACAUUCUUCCAAAUUUGGGGUCACUUCCCUCACUCCUGAUGCUGCUACCCCACCAUAAUUUUGCUCCUGCCCUGAGAGCAGACGUCGCAGAAUGUCAGUUCUGGGUUGGCGCCGUCUGAAGCUCUUGAACUUUAGCACAUGCAGAGCUCUUUCUCCUUGUUCUCUCCCACCGCAUCCCUCCCAUCCCCAACCUGCCACUCACAGGGCAGGAGGGGCCCACUGGCCAUCAGGAGUGGCUGGCUCCCACCAGUACCCCCUGGACAGCAUGCUGGGGAAGGGGUUUUGUUAGGGAGGAUCCUAAGAGGAAAGAGCCAGAGGGUAUGUGGGUGCCCUCAACAGAUUUCUACAGCCCAGCAGGCAAAAUUGAGAACAUUGGCUGCUUAAUGACCUGGUUUACCAAUACCAGUGUCUAGCUGUACAGCCCAGAAAAGACAUACAGGGGAGAAGCAGAGGGGACCUGGAAGAGUGGCAGAAAGCAGAACCUGGCCAGUAGGAGACAAUGUCCCUUAAAAAAUGGUGGGGACCAAGUAACUGUGAUGGUCUGAGUUUGUUAGGAAUCCAUUCUGCAGAAUCCCUUCCAGGGCACGGUGUGCAGGUUCCCAAAGUUGAGUGAGUCAGAGAUGGAGGAAUCCCAGGGGAAAGGCCACUGAACCAAAAAAGUCACUCCAUCAGGAAGCAUGGUGAUCUUCAGCUAAAGGUUCUCAAGUUGCCCUCUGGGGACAGGAAAGAUCCUCAAGGGGAAAGCCUCCAUGGAGGAUCAUGUAUCAAAUCCCUUGUGAAAAUAAAUACUAGCAUUGCCCACCCAUGCCCAGAGGGGAACUUGCAUUGCCCACCUACACCCAGAAGUGAGCGUGCAUUCUGUUCUCAGAUGCCCCAACUCAGACAGCCACCCCUGAGAAGAAAUGGUAAAGGACGUGCCAUCUCUUAGUGAAGAGCCAUUUGGAAGAGCUGAAGAGAGACAUUGGAGCAUCGCAGCUAUGAAGUUUUUCACACUGGAGUUUUGAAAGAAACAGCAAUACCAUAAACUCUAAUAAGGAAUCAUCAUCAGGAACGGAAUUCCUAAUGUGAAACAGGUGUUCURUGCUAUUAAUUAAUCUUAUAAGUUUGCAUACAACAGAGAUGCUAGGAGGUUCUCUUUCAUCCUGAAAUCAGAAAUGCUAGUCUCGCGGCUGGGUGCAACCCCCAAUCCCAAGGUUUUCCUUUAUUUUCCCAUCCCCCAACCCAAAGAUCAGACUACUGUUAAGUUUCACCACAYGAUUGGAAUCUGAAAAGGUGGGAGGCUAACGGAGUGAUCUGCAUUGAUGGAAUUGCACUGACAGUAUUUCUUAUAGGAUUACUAAAUUUUUUAAUAUAAAAAAAGAUUUUUUUAAAAAUCAGGAGUUGAUAUUAAGUACCAGGACAUUAGUUCAGAUGAUUUCAUUUUUAUUUCAACAGUGUUAAAAGUGCACUUAUAUGCUGGUUUAUUUGAGUCUUGGAAAAAAGAGACUGCAAAUUGAAGGGACGAUUGUUAACUUUUUCUUUUUAAAAAAAAGGUUAAGGCAGAUUUUAAGACUUAUAAAUGUUUAAGAAAUUAUAAACAA